GGGAGGGAGGGGCCCGCCCGGCCUUGCGGGGUGAGGGGCGCGCUCCGCGAAUGGGAAACUGAGGCCCAAGGAAACUGAAUACUUUAACCAAAGUCACAAAGCUGAGUUCGACCCAGACCUGGGACAAACCCCCACCCCCAUCACACUCUGCCCACCACCCAGAAGAAUCUGCCCCGUCCCUGACUUCCCAUUGCCCUCCAGGCUGCCCAGUGAAGAACCUCAGCCCAGCUUCGCCGAGGAGAAGCCAGGGUUCACCCCACAUCCCUCUGCAGGACCUGGAGCCAUCCUCCUGCCUUUUUUCUGUGGACAAAUACAAAGCACCAACACUGUGCAGACGGUACCAAUGCACACAGCCCCAGGACUACCCUUGACCAUCCACAACCAAGCUAUGAAAGCCAGCGGUCCCACUGGCUCCCUGUCCUCAGCGCUGCCCCUUGCCUCCUCAGUCCUGAUGUUACUGCUGAGCAGCCUGUGGCUGGUAGGGGCUGGCCCCAGUCUGGCCCUGGCCCCAGAGCUGUUGCUGGACCCUUGGCAGGUGCACCGGCUGCUGACCCAUGCCCUGGGCCACACGGCACUGCCCAGCCUUCUCCUGAGCCUGUUGCUCCUGCCUGCUCUGAGCUGGCGGCAAGAGUGCCGCCUGGGCACGCUGCGCUUCCUGUACGCCUCCGCCCUGCUCUCCUUGGCUGCCGGGCUGCUGGCUGUGUUGCUAGCAGGCCUGGGGGUGUCCAGGGCAGCCGGAGGCUGUGGAUACAUGCCUGUCCACCUGGCUAUGCUGGCAGGGCAGGGUCACUGCCCCAGACGGCCCCAAGAGACACUGCCACCAUGGCUCUUGCCAUGGCUGCUGCUCGCCCUGACUUCUCUCCUCAGCUCCGAACCACCCUUCCUGCAGCUGCUUUGUGGCCUCCUUGCUGGCCUGGCCUAUGCUGCCGGUGCCUUCCGGUGGCUGGAGAUGUCAGAGCAGCGACUACAGGCGCUCCAGGAUGGCAUCUUGUGCAGGACGCUGGCCGGGUGCUGGCCUCUGAGGCUCCUCCCUGCCCCAGGCAGCCUGGCUGAGCUGCCACUCACCCAUCCUGUUGGAACCAGGCCUGCAAACCCCAGACCUCCUUCCGUGGCCUCCCCUGGUCUCUGGUCUCAUAGAGACAGCUCAACCCAGUUCCCCCCAGGCCUGGGGCCUACACAGCUGACCUGGGAGGGCUCCUUGGAGGCCAGUCUGGACUGGACCCAGUCUGGAUCCAGCUUUGCCCCAGGAAGCCCACUGUGGGCAGCUCUGGAUGAGCAGAUGUUACAGGAGGGGAUCCGGGCCUCACUCCUUGAUGGACCAGCCCAGGGGCCCCAGGGCCCACUGUGUCUGCCCAAGUCCUCCGUCUCUUCUUUACGGCUGCAGCAGCUGGAGCGCAUGGGCUUCCCCACAGAGCAGGCCGUGGCGGCUCUGGCAGCCACAGGCCGUGUGGAGGGCGCUGUGUCACUGCUGGUUGGAGGGCAAGUGGACUCUGAGACUUUGGUGACUGAUGGGAGGGUGGGCCCGGGGUCCCUCUAGCCCAGGCGGAGGGUGGGGACACAGACCUGGCCUAAUGGCUGGAGCUGCUCUGUGGGGUUCCGGACCUGGGGGAGGGGCAGGAGUGGGCCCUCUCCCCCUCCCUUCUCCCCCCCCACCCCCACCAGCAUUGCCAUGGUACCAUGGAGAAUAAAAGCAUUUGUUUAUA